AUGCAGAGCGGCGUGUACCAGUUCUUGGUUGGAUGCUUCGCCGCCAUUGGAUCGUUCCUGUUCGGAUAUGACCUAGGAGUGAUAGCAGAGGUCGUCGCCUCAGACUCAUUCAAGGCCUCGUUCCUCCAGAAAGAUGGCGACGCUCGUUCGGGGACAGUAGUGGCCUUGUUUACAGCAGGCUGCUUCUGCGGCGCCUUCUUUGCCUCCUUCUCGGACCCGCUUGGUCGCCGCGGAACCAUCCUCCUCGCCUGCUGCAUCUUCGUUGUCGGGGGUGCCAUCCAGACCGGCGGCGUGGUGAUUGCGAUGCUGUACGUCGGCAGACUUGUGGCGGGCAUCGGCGUGGGCUUCUUGACUAUGAUAAUUCCGAUAUACCAAGCAGAGCUGGCCCACAGGAAGAUUCGCGGCAAGAUCACGAGCCUCCAACAGCUAUUCAACGCGCUGGGCCAAGUCUUCGCUACGUGGAUUGGAUACGGCUGUUACAUGACAUGGAGUGGCACGGGAAACAGCAGUGAGUGGCGGAUACCGCUGGGAUGUCAGAUUGUGCCUGCGAUCUUUCUGGGUGCUCUGAUCUUGCAGUUUCCCGAGUCUCCGAGAUGGCUCUGCGACCACGAUCGAGCGGAUGAAGGGCUCAAGACGCUGGCGAAAUUGCAUGCCCACGGCGACACCAAUGACCCGUAUGUGCUGGCAGAAUUCAGCCUCAUCAACGCCCAAAUUGCCGAAGAACACUCGCAGAGGAAGGUGACGUACCUGGACCUCUUCCGCGGCUGGCCGAAUAUCCGCCGCAUGCUGCUCGUGAUGGCCGUCCAAGCCAGCUGCCAGAUGACGGGCGUCAGCGCGAUCCAAUAUUUCAGCCCACAGAUCUUCGCGACGAUCGGCAUCGAUACCGGCCUCUCAUUGCUGCUGCAAUCCGUCAACGCCAUCAUCGCGUUUGCCGGGGUCGUGGUCUGCAUUCUCACCAUCGACCGCAUCGGACGCCGGCCGCUGGAGAUAUAUGGCUGCCUCAUCCUGUGCGCUACCUUUGUCGUCAAUGCGGCAAUCAUCAAAGUCUUUCCGGCCGCGUCCAACAACACCGGCGCUCAUUGGGCGUUUGUCGUACUGACAUGGCUCUUCAACUUCGUCUUCUUCAUCACCAGCGGGCCGCUGAGCUGGGCGAUUCCGGCAGAGCUGUUCGGGACUGCGAUGCGUUUGAAGGGUGUCUCCUGGGGAGCCAUGACCUCGUUCGCCUUCAACACCAUGAUUGGCCAGGUGACGCCGAUAGCUAUCACGGCGAUUGGUUGGAAGUAUUACAUCGUGUUCAUCGUCUGCAACCUGACGAACGCAAUCUUCUUCUGGUGCUUCCAGCCUGAAACGAAAGGCCUGAAUUUGGAGGACAUGAACGAGCUGUUCCGGGAUCAUCCGCUGUUCGUGCCCGGGAGCAAAUGGACGCCGAGCUCGCAUGUCGACGAUAGCGCAAGGGAGAUUGCCAAGCAGGAAGGGCUCGCUGGGGUUCUGAGUAAAGAGAAGGAGACCGAGUAUGUUGAGAGGGCCUAA